UUCAUUUUUAUUCUGCGAUCUGAAAAUCUCUGAAAUAUCAAAGAGAUGGCCUUUCUCCUUCGACAAAGCACUCUUGCGAGCCACUUCCGAUCUUCUUCUCAGAAGACAGUGGGUUCCAUGUCUUUGCAAAAUCGAGCAUUUCAUGUUGAGCUUGGGGAUCGUGAGAAAGCUCUCUUGGCAGAGGACCCUUCGUUAAGACGAUUUAAAUCUUAUAAGAAGAGUGUGUGGCGGCUGAAGAGAAUCGGCGAUGUUCUGACGAUCGUUGUUGUGGCAGGUUGUUGCUAUGAGAUUUAUGUGAAGGCAGUACUGAGAGAAGAAGCUCGGGACAAGGCAAAGGCUGCUGGCGGAAAAUAAACGAGACCGUGCGUGCUUUUGCUUCUGUGUCGAAUAAAAAAGGUGUAUCUCUUAGCAUUUCAUGUUGUUUUGGCUGCACUGUUUUAGCUUUUUAAUAAUUUUGGCUAAAUGAUGAAUUAGCAAAAUGGACAUGUAACAUUGUUCUUGUCUGUCAAAUAAAUAUUUUUAGCGAU